AUGCGCAUUAGGUAUUGGGUUCAUUCAAGGCGUCGUCUGAUGGUGAAGACGAGGAAGUCUGCGGUUGAGACCAUCGGUGAUCAUUCAGAUGAUGAGUUGGAAAUUGUUCGAAGACGAUCCGUGCGUCUUCUGGCGCCUAUGAACGGCGGCGAGAGUGGAAAGAACGCGAUUGAAGAGGAAACAAGCCCAAAAACCGAAGAAGCAGAUGAGGAUGAAGUGAGUAGCCCGGAUGAGAAUUGGCAGGAAACUCCUCGUCGUUCAACGAGGAAGCUGCUUGAGAAGAGCAGGAAGCUGUUUGAAAAAGAAGAGGCGAAAGCAGAAAGAAACGUGAAAAUCAAGAAACAAAAAGAUGAGUCUGAUGGUGAUGGGCGUCGUCGGAGUGGACGGCAACGUUCUGUGCUAUUUGAUACUCUGAAUUUGUCGUUGAUUGGCGAGCAGUUGUGGUCGUCGGAUCGGGAGAGACAAUACCAUGUGAAAGGAAUUCAUGACGAAAUGGAGAGCGAUGUUGAACCAUACGAAAGCAUCCUUACACUCACUGGUAGACGAAAAGGAUCAAAACGAAUCCGAACAACUCGAAGCCAACAACGACACAGCGACACAUCAAAGGCUAAAACCCACCAAGCUGAAGACCAAGAACAAGAAGACGCAUCCGAACAAGAAACAUCAGGAAACUCGAAAGAAAACAGCGACGAAGACGAAGACGACGACAGCGAUGAGGACACGCCCCCAAAAUCAUACUUCCUCCGUCAACACAAACCGGCCGUCCAACGCUACACAAUUCCCAUUGAAACGAGUCGUUCGAAUCCAAAUCUCUUCAACUCUCCCGCAAGACGCAAGCACUUCCAUCGUCACGGCACCUCAAUGUCCCACCGUCGACGUUUCCAAGCGCAUCACGUUGCGUCGUCGACUUCAAGCAGCAACUCCGACGAAGAGGACGAACGUAAGUUCCAGCGGAGGAAAGAUAAGAGCAUGACGAGGGCUCGAUCGCAGCUCCUCCCGAUGAACAUGACACCGAACGACAUGAAACGCGGGAUCCUACGCGACAGACAGAAAGUGGGCUCAAGUCUCGCAGACACGGAACCGAUGAGCAUCGAUAGGAGUAUUACGUUUGAGCAUAUUGGUGGCCUGUCGAGGCACGUUGAAGCUCUGAAGGAGAUGCUGGUGUUCCCGUUGCUUUAUCCGGAGGUUUUUGAAAAGUUUAGGAUUAAUCCGCCUCGUGGCGUGUUGUUCCACGGAGCUCCGGGAACUGGGAAGACGCUGGUGGCGAGAGCGCUUGCGAAUGAGUGCGCGAAGAGUGGGCAGAAGGUGGCAUUUUUUAUGAGGAAGGGAGCUGACUGUUUGAGCAAGUGGGUGGGAGAGUCGGAGAGGCAGCUGAGGUUGCUGUUUGAUCAGGCCUACAUGAUGCGACCGUCGAUCAUCUUCUUUGACGAGAUCGAUGGCUUAGCUCCCGUACGCAGCACACGUCAGGAUCAAAUCCACAGUUCUAUUGUAUCAACCUUACUUGCACUCAUGGAUGGUCUCGACUCAAGAGGGGAGGUGAUAGUGAUUGGGGCCACGAAUAGAAUCGAUGCCAUUGAUCCGGCAUUGAGGAGACCGGGACGCUUUGAUGGCGAGUUUCUGUUUCCGAUGCCUUGCCAAGAGGCUCGUCGUCAAAUCCUCUCCAUUCACACAUCAUCAUGGCACCCGCCCCUCAACCCCAACCUCCUCACCUCCCUCACAAACAGCACCGUCGGCUACUGCGGCGCCGACCUCAAAGGCCUCUGCACCGAAGCCGCCAUGUUCGCCCUCCGUCGUACAUUCCCACAAAUCUACACCACGCCCAACCGCCUCCAACUUGAUAUCAACCAGAUAUCAGUUGAAUCCCAAGAUUUUCAUCGAGCAUUAAAAAAGAUGUUACCGACAGCUCAACGUUCGAAUUUCUCGUCAGGCCGAGCGUUGAAUUCAAUGAUUCGGCCUCUGCUGCAGUUGUCGUUGGACGCGAUCUAUUCGGAUGUCGUCUCUCUGUUGCCUGCUGUUCGUGGUUUGUCGUCGUCAUUGACGACCGGGUCGUCGGUCGAGGAUUCGUUCUCGGUGUGUGAUCCGUUGAGCGAGCCGUUUAGCUUUCAGCCUCGGAUGUUGGUGUGUGGUGUGGAAGGGAUGGGACAGGUACGGCACCUGGGAGCGGCGCUCGUGCAUCUGUUGGAGAGUUUGCCGUGUCAUACGAUGGACGUGGCCUCGUUGCAUCGGAUGGGGACGCGGACGUCCGAGGAGGCGUGUGUACAGGUUGUCCACGAAGCGCAGCGUAUGGCUCCCAGCGUCAUCUACAUACCCGACAUUCAAUCAGUUUGGGCUUCCACACAAUCCACUUUCCACUCGAUCUUUGAGUCACUCGUCAAUGCCAUUCCAUCAUCAAUCACAGUGUUGCUAUUAGCAACAGCAGACUGCCCCUACUUGUCUUUGCCUGAUGGUGUGCAGGCUUUGUUUUCACACUCGUCGGCUGUGGUUGAAGUGGACACGCCAUGUGAGAGUGCCAGGAGAAGUUUUCUCGAGAGUUUGUUUCUUGAUUUUCCGUUUCGGGUGCCGCCGAAAGUUGUGGAAGCAAAACAGUUGCCUCCACUACCUGUGGCCGCUUCACUUCCUUCUCGCCAGAUGUCAAAGAAUGAAGUCACACGACUUGAGGAGAGACGGGAAGAGACACUCAGGGAGUUACGGAUAUUCUUAAGAGAUUGUACAAACAAACUAAUCGCCGAUCGAAAGUUUAAAGUCUUUACCAAACCGGUUGAUCCAGAGGAGGCUCCAGAUUACUAUGAAGUGGUGACGACUCCUAUGGACUUAUCCAUUAUUAUGAACAAGAUAGACUGCAGGGAGUAUAGAACGGUUAAACACUGGCUGGCGGACAUCGACCUCAUCACAAGCAACUGCAUUGAAUAUAAUCCUGAUAGUCAGGCACAGGGCAAGCUGUUGAGGCAUCGUGCGUGGGGACUUAAGGACUUUGCACAUGCACUUAUCACAAGGGAAAUGGACUCGGAUUUUGAGGAGCUCUGCCAAGAAUUAGAAAACAACUACCAAGAACUUCUACGAUCCAACGACACUCCAGCUACAGUAUCCUCAACUCCACAAAUCUCCACCAACCCAACUACAACCAACGACACACAGAUGGCAAGAAAAAGUCUUCGCGUACGAGGAAUCAAAGCCGAAACGCCCCCUCCACUUUCCAACCUCAAGAAAGCCCGCAGAAACGACAGCAGCUACGAGUCAACUCCCGUAAAGCCAAACCAGACACUCGACGAAGAAGACGACAAGACAGAUGCAAAUGAAGACGACACAAUAAUCAUCGAGGACGUCACCGAUGUGUCAAUAAGUGAGGAGAUGCAGUUGAGUCCUGCCGUGGAUGACAAGCCAGAGUCAGCCAUCUCUCCGACAUCUGUUGAGCAAUGCGAAUGCAUUCAGGGAAGAGAGAACGCCCGAAAGUGA